UGGGCCCUCGCUCGAAGGCCCCCGAGGACCAGGAGAGAGAUAAUCGAAGAUUAACAGAAAUGGCUAUAAUUAAUCUGUAGCUAGGGUUGGCUUUGAUGAUUUUUUAUAUAUUUUGUUUUAUUGUUUCACAGUACAUUUUAUACCAUGGAAGAUGAUGGCGAACUGGAAAAACGUGCCGUGGCGGAGCUGCUGAAUGAGACCAACAGGGCUCGGGUGCGAGCAGAAACCAUGGGUCCUGCAGGCUGGAUGAAGUGUCCAUUGCGCAGCACCAACAAGCGUUUCCUGCUCAACACUCUGCGCUCGACCACUCCACAGCAACGCACCUCAGGCCGCUCAGGACCGAACAGGUCAAGGAGUCGAGGGCGCAGCAGGACACCAGCAAGAGAGCCCCAAGACAAGCACCGAGAACACAGAGACAAAGAUCCCUGCAGAGACAGCCCAGGACGUAGAGAGAGACACCAACAAAACAAAGACGGCAACGCUGGUCACAGAUACGAGAAGAGGGAGCACAGAGGGGAUGGAGACAGCCAUAGAAACAAGAAAUACCAGGACAAAAGGGCCCCUGGUCACAAAAGAGACAUGGUCCCCAAAACACACACAUCCCCAUCGAAGGGCCAGUCCUCUUCUACAGACCACUCUCGCCUGAUAGCAGCCCGCCCUUAGAGCACACACAAGCCUAGUUUCUAUCGACGCAAACAAAUAUUUUAGAAACUGCUUCAGAUGCGACAGCUAUCAAGUCAAAAGUUAUAAUUUAGGUUUGAGGAUAAGUGUGGCCAUUUUAAGACCUCAUUUAAAAAACAUUUCAUAGUCUCAUAGAAAAGGUCCCACCAUACAAAAGGAAUAAUGGUUUGGAUGACCGUUACCCCAGUCCUCAUUUUAAUUGCGAUUUGAUGGUGACGUGUGAUGAACUGAGCUUGUUUUUUGAGAUUGGCCAUUUGGUUGGGGUGAUCUUGUGAAUGUUGUUCCGGUUGAACUGGCCUUUGUUUCUACUGAUUUAUUUAUUUUACUGGAUUUGUACUUGCAUUUCUUCAAAACAGUAUCGCCCCGUGCAUUCUGCUCCGUCAUUGAAAUUAGAAUCUCAUUCAUACCUCGCCUCAAGGACAAAAAUGGAACACCGUGUUUGAAAGGUCAGGGUUAUUUUCUGGACCCAGUUGCUCCUUUGAGUGGCCUUCAGCCACAUCCUGACACAUGAUGCUGAUGUAAUCUCUUGAGCUAUCUAAUCCAGGUGGAUUAAAGGCUAAGUUCAGGUCAUACCUGCACCUUCUACUGCAGUGUUAGACAUGGUAUCACUGUAGUACAAUAGCUAACCAAUGUAUUUAAAUUAUGAUUUACAUAUUCUCAUUAAAAGCGUUUUCAUUAAUUUACUCUUAUUUAAUUCCUUUAUCUAAAGUAGCUUAGCCGCCAGAGUAAAUUGGUUGAGAUUCAGUGUUUUCCAUGAAUAUAAUACUUUUUAAUUCAUGAGACUAAAUGCGAUCUCUGUUCAGACCUGCAUUCUUUUCAAUGACAUUUUUUUUUACUAAUUAAGUAUGAAUGAGAACGCUUUCUCAUUUUCGGCAAUGUCCUGAGUACGAUUUGGGUUAACUGUCUUGUUCAGGAAUAGGAAGGAUUUGUCCACUGUGCAUUAGGAAUUCCAUCUAGCAACCUUUUGGUUAUUGGUCAGUCCAGUGGGCUGCUCUGCUGGGGCCCUUGCUUACAGGAGGCCUCCUUGACCCUUUAUAAUGUUCAUAUUUUCUCAUACCAAAAUAUAAUUGUUGACUUGUCCUACAUUCCAUAUUCCUUCUUAUGGCCAAAUCUUAAGCUGCAGAAUGAAUAAACUCCAAUGCUAACAAAGAUUAAAUAAUGACUCACACAGUAACUUACAGGGAGGUCAUAUUUAUUAGAAACCAUUACAGUUUAUUCAAAGGCAAUGGAUGUUAGCCUGGUCCACAUACAAAAAGCUUCGACCUGUCCCUACAUUUUAAUUUCUUAGUCCUCAAAUGACACUUGUUGAAUUUCUACUAAAUUUAGUCAACACUCUACACA